AUGCCGUUUGGAGGAUGUGACUACUCUUGGAAAGCUAAAAGGAUUGCAGUUCCUCAGUUUUUAAACUCUACAAUUGCUCGGCUGCCCAAAGAAAUGGGUGAACUAACAGAAUUGAGAUUUUUGGACUUGCGAAGCUGCACCGAGCUCAGAGUUAUUGAACCUGGCAUGCUCGAAAGCUUGGUUAAUUUAGAAGAAUUGUAUAUGCAAUAUAGUUUUGAUCAGUGGGAAGCCGAGGAUGAAACCCCGCGAAGCAAUGCUAGCCUGGCUGAGUUCAAGAGCAUGAAUAAGUUGAGCACUUUAUACAUUGCCAUUCCUCGUUUAGCCAGUCUCUCAAGAGACUUACCAUUUGGGAAACUAAAUAAGCAUAAAAUCCUAAUUGGGAACAUUUGGGAUUGGUCAGAUGAAUACGAAGAAUCCAGAACUUUAAAACUCAAGCUAGAUUCGGGCAAUCUUCUUCGUGAAGAGUGGGUGCAAAGAUGUUUGCAAAGAACACAGAAUCUCAACUUGGUGGGAUUGCAAGAUAAUCACAGCAUACACAAUUUGUGCUUCAAAGGUUUUCAGGAAUUGAAGCAUCUUCACGUACAAAAUAGCCCCUCACUUCAGUACGUUGUUCACUCCACAGAGGACAUCCAGUGCACUGCAUUUACGAGAUUGGAAUCGUUGUUUCUCGAGAAUCUAAACAACUUGGAGAAGAUUUGUUGCGGUCGCCUUGCCUUAGAAUCCUUCAGCAUAUUAAAGAUUUUGAAAAUGAAUAGCUGUGGUGGAAUCAAAUAUUUGUUUCCUUCCUCCGUGAUAGGAAACUUCUUGCAGCUAGAAGAGAUUGAAACAAGUAGAUGCCACUUGAUAAAGCAAAUUGUCGCAGAAGACGGAGAUGAAAAGGAUGUUGAUCCCAAAGUGAAGUCAUGCUAUUUGCAUAGGCUAACAUUACGAAACUUGCCAGAGAUGACGAGCUUAUGUAAAACCAUGGACCAUUCGGUCGUGCUCUUCGACAGACAACAGCUAAUAAAGCUACAAAAUUUGGAGGCUAUAACCGUUGAAAAAUGUCAAUUAAUACGAGAAGUAUUCGACCUUGAGGAACUGACAACUAUGGGGGAUGUUGAGAUUCUAUGUCGAUUGACUAGAUUGACCUUGAGUGGCUUACCAAAUUUGGAACAAAUAUGGACCAAGGAUCCAAGAAGAGCAUUGUGCUUUCGAAACUUAAAGGCACUGAAGGUGCAAAAUUGUGAGAACUUGAGGUUUCUUUUUUCUUCUUCCAUGGCUAAAGCACUAGUGCAGAUAAAAGAAAUCGAAAUAGCAAAUUGUGUACUGAUGGAAGAAGUUAUGUAUGCGCAAGAAGAAGAAUUAGCAGAAGCUACAACCCCCGACACUUUCGAGUUUCCUUCAUUGACCUUCUUGUCUCUUGUGGAAUUGCCAAAUCUCAAGACAUUCUCUUAUGGAAAGUACUGUAUUCACUUUCCAUCAUUAACAAGAUUGACAAUAUCCCAAUGCACCAAAUUGAUGACAUUUUCUUCAUUCGAAGGAAGGCAACAAUUCAUGACGAAUGAUACAAAUUUACAACAAGCAUUUGGUCGUAUCAACUCUAGCUUGUCCUUGCCUAGCUUCUUCAAUGAAAAGGUUCUUUUUCCAAGCUUGGAGGAAUUGAAGCUUUCUUCCAUGUGCCAAUUAAAGAGGAUAUGGCACAGUAAGCUCCACGGACAGUCAUUCUACAAACUUGCAUCCCUCACUGUUGAACUUUGUGAAAAUUUGUCACAUGUUUUUCCGUCAAAUUCAAUGGAUAUGUUGCAGAGCCUGAAUAAAAUUAAGGCAGUUGGGUGUCCCUCCUUGGAAGCAUUAUUUGAACCCAUAAGUCUCAGCGCUGAGAAAAGGCAAAAGCCGUUGGUCCUCCCUGCAUUAAGAGAAUUGACGUUGUUGAAUCUAUCAAGGCUGAGAGACAUUUUUGAGAGUGACUGCAAAGUCACCUUGGCAUUUCCUAGUCUGAUGGAAGUGAACGUGAGGGGUUGUCACAGUUUGCCAUAUCUCUUCUCAAGUGCCAUGGCUGAAAUUCUCGAUAAACUUGCGGUGCUUGAUGUUUCUUGUUGCAACAACCUACGGGGCAUAAUUGCGAUGGAAGAAGGAAAAGGGAAAACCUUAGAGACUUUGAAGUUCCAUCAAUUAAGCACACUCAAGCUUGGUGACCUUGAGAAUUUGAUUAGUUUCCGCUCAGUGAGUUGUGCUAGUGAUGGGUUACAUCCUCUAUUUGAUGAGAAGUUAGAAGAGCUACACAUCACGGAAAUUGAAGGGAAAUCAGGUAGCUAG